AGGAGAAAGCAAACAAUUUUCAGGCCCGCCGCGUCCAGCAAAAAAUAUGAGAAAAAAAUUAUUAAAAAUUCGAAAAAUAGUUGAAAGUCAAGAAAAACGCCCUAGAAAGGAUGUUAAGGCUCCCACGGGCCUGGCCUCUCCGUGGAACUGAAGAUCCGGCCUCUAUCGCUCCGUCAGCGUUCGGACGCACCACACGCGUCCACCGUGUGGCCAGCCCGUGCUAGGUCACCAUGGCCACCGUCUCCCCCGGCGGAGACUGCACCAACCCGGCAGAGGGUGAUCGAGCAAGGAAGAGGAGGCCAGAGGGGAAGGGGAGGAAGAACUUCCCCUGUCAGCUGUGUGAGAAGGCCUUCAACAGUGUGGAGAAGCUGAAGGUGCACUCUUACUCGCACACAGGCGAGAGGCCAUACCGCUGCACACAUACCGACUGCACCAAGGCCUUCGUCUCCAAAUACAAACUUCUUCGGCACAUGGCCACGCACUCGCCGGAGAAAAGCCAUAAGUGCAGCUACUGUGAGAAGAUGUUCCACCGCAAAGACCACCUGAAGAACCACCUCCACACACACGACCCCAACAAGGAGGCCUUCAGCUGCACAGAGUGUGGCAAGACCUACAACACCAAGCUGGGUUUCCGGCGGCACCAGGCGUUGCACGCCGCCCACCGCGGCGACCUCACGUGCCAGGUGUGCCUGCAGCCGUUCGCCAGCACGCCACUGCUGCUGGAGCACCUGCGCGGGCACGCAGGCAAGAGCGCCUCCGGCACCAAGGAGAAGCGGCACCAGUGUGAGCAUUGCGAGCGUCGCUUCUACACCCGCAAGGACGUGCGGCGCCACCUGGUGGUGCACACGGGCCGCAAGGACUUCCUGUGCCAAUACUGUGCACAGCGCUUUGGCCGCAAGGACCAUCUGACACGUCAUGUGAAGAAGAGCCAUGCCCACGAGCUGCUGCGCGUGAAGGCUGAGCCACUGGAGCUGUCGGAGGCCUCGCACAUGUCUCCAGCGGCAGGCGCCCUGGCACUGCGUUAUCCACUGGCCCAUGGCUCCUACUCGCCCCCACCCCCGCCACUGAGGGCAGAGCUGGAGAGCUACCUGCUGGAGCUGCAGGCAGAGGAGACGCCCAAGCUGAGUGGCGGCACUGCCGCUGCUGGGGAGAUGGCAGCAGCACCAUCUCUGGACUUCCUGUCACCGCUGUUUAACUUCCUGCCCUACAGUCAGGGGGCAGGACCUGCCUUUGGCAUCUCAUACAGCCAAGAUGAGAUGCUGCCCACGAUCGCACCCUCCCAAGACGCGCCCGAUCCUCUGGGCCCGCUCACGCAUCCACACACACUCUCACAGACCCACGCGCUCACGGCCAAUUACACAAAUUCACAAAGCCUGAAUACAACCACAACCCUGCCUCGCUUUCACCAAGCCUUUCAGUGACCUAAACUUGUAUGUUCAUACACCCUUAGUUACGUUAGCACUCGUACCAACACCUUACAACCGACUUGGCACUUAAUAACAUAGAUCACCACAGCAACACUUUUCCUAAGUAAUACAAAACGUGUCUUUGAGAACAUAUCACUCUCUCAAAUAAAUCUAUUUCAGCACAAUGUGGAGGCAUUAUACAAGUCAUGUUAUCGAAAGAGGAUAUGGAACAUCGCAUGAUGAAACAAAAUGAAAUCACUUUGUUUUAAAAAACGCGUGUCUGCAAAGCAGUUUUACAGUGAAGCUUUGCUCUAUGCUUAGAGCAUAUAGCUUUCAAAACCCUCCCAUUUAGCACUUUGAACUUGUUAAUGUGACGUUAAAGUUCCGUCAAAGUUAAAAGAAAAAAUCUGAUAUUUCUGUUAAUUUUUUUCAUGUUUUGCUGACUCAUAACCUUUUGGGUACUUAAAUGCCAGCAUUUGAGUGAUGGUGUCAGAACUCCACACAGCCAAAGGCAACCAAACCCCUCAGAGCCAGAGUGAGGAAGGCUCAGCUCAUCUUGGUUUUAGUUGUUUGUUUGUUUGUUGUUGUUUUUUUAUGGCUGUUUGCCUUCAUGCUGCUGCUCGUUUUAAGGGCCUGAAACUUUACCAGUGCAGAUCUGCUUCACAAUACAAAGCGAUAAAGGGAAGCAUAGACAGACAAUACGAAGACUUCACACACCAACAGUUCUUCAACGCUUCUCUUCUGCGUCUCCUCCCUUGUCAUAUUUGUCUUUGUCUUCUUUCUAUUUGCUCUCGUAUUUCCCGUUACCAUUUCAACUCUCAACCUCGUCCACCAGAAUGCUGUUCAUUGCACUGAUUAAAUCAUUAGUAUAACAAAACAACAAAACAUUCAGUUGCAGCAAUAUGUGCUGUGGCUAUCAGAGCACAGAACACUUAAGGACCGACACAGUCUGUGCAGUGGCCUUUUAUGAAUUUAAUAAAAUUCAACAAACAUUUCAACAAAUAUUUCUACACAGGCUACAAACAAACUGUAAAAACCCACAAUCUAUAGAUGACACAAUCUUUGCCCAGCCAUACCCCUCUAGAAAUAGAUUUGUGUGUGUGAGUGGGGGGGGGUGUCCUGUUUAAGGUUGGUUAUGAUAGGGGUGUGUGUUGAGUGAAUGUCUGGUUCAUGUUGAACUUACAUUGGGAGCUAAGGGUUGGGUGCUGGAAAGCCUGCGCUUUGGGCAUAUUUUCAUAAUAGCACUUUUAAGAAAAAUCUGAUGCCUUUGUUUUGGCAUGUUAUCUAUGUGUUUUUUAAGAAUCUUUCUCAUAAAUGGUUUUAGAUGUCAUAUUUAGCUCUCAAGCAGAUUGUUAGCAUGUAUAUACAAAAAUCAAAAUACUAUAUGUGAUAUUUUUACAGGUACACUUCAUACAGUGUUUUACUUUGUACAUUUCUCCUGUUUUUGCUUCAUUGCACAAAAUGUCUGUGUCUCUCAAUGACACAUUAACCUACACGAAAGGUUUAUUCCAUGCAUACUUUUCCAUACACUUCCUCUUUUCAUAAAGCUCUAAAAUGCUUUCAGAAGCCUGUUCAAAAAUGCAGUUUGAAAAUAUUUCAGUAUUGGGAAAAAUGUGUUGAAGAGGGCAAACUAGAAUGCCUGAACACAUUUAAGGUCUAAAAGAGUGAUGUCAUUAAUGCUGCUGAGUUCCUGACUCUGAUUACAUAGGGAAUCUGGCUGAAUUGCUGUGUUUGAGGGCGUUCUCACUGGGAGACACAGACCUUUAGCAAUUCUCCUGUUCAGUUUCAGUGGUACCAUCAUUCAUUGCGCAUAUGUGCACAAGUGGAACACAGUCUCUAUUUAGUUAAUGCUGCUAUUGGACAAAAUGUAGCCAUUGAUGGCGCAAUAGAACUUUUUAUUCCCCAUUUUUUGUUUGUUUUGUUUUGUUUUACUUUAAAUCCAAGACUGUGUGUUAAGGAGGGAGUGUCCUUGUGUGUCAUAUUGUGAUGUGUUGGUAAGGUGCUGUGGCCCUUACUAACAGACCUUUUUUGGAGCUGGAUGUUGCCAUAGUAAUGUUCAAGAGGAGGGUCUUGGCAGAAGUAGCCUCUGAUCUCACAACCUGUUGAAGGGGAGAGGAAAGAAUGAAAGAUAAAUAGCGAUCGCUUCAUGGAGAGACAGCAUUCCAGCCAUAAUAGUGUUUUUACAUUGUGUCCUCGUGUUGUUGUCCUCAUUGUUUUAAUCACAUUUCUGUAAUGUCAUCCUGUGAUAGUGCUAAUCAAUGUAUAUGUUACUUUAAUGUACUUUUACAAACUACUGUUGUAAAUGUAUAUCCCAUUGACAGAAUGAUUCAUAUACCUGUGUGUGUGUGUGUUUGUGUUUGUGUGU